AUGGGCUCGGCUGGAGGAUGGAUGCUGCUCACCCUGUGUGUGUGUCUCAGCCCUAUGAAGAAUGCUGCACUCAGGGUAACCAUGAGGGAGUCCAGUCUCAAUGUGGUUCAGGGGGAUUUUAUCGUGCUGCCCUGCUCCUUCUUCACCUCCAGUCCUCUCUCCAGACUCAAUGUCAUCUGGACUCUGGCUCCUUACUCCAGCCCAGACAGCCCCAUACAGGUGAUAGUGUAUGACCAUGGACAGGUGAUUGAAGACCCCUCCCUCAUUGGCAGGGUGGGUUUUACAGGUAUUCCCUGGAGUGCUGACAUUGUGCUGAAUGACACACGUGUGUCAGAUGCUGGGAUUUAUCGCUGCAUGGUCAACAACCCUCCAGAGACAGCAGAUCCUGGGAUAGGAGAGCUGGAGCUUAGUGUGCUGGUUCCACCAUCACUGCCUGAGUGUCAGUGGGACGGAGAUGUUGACAUGGGAGGAAGUGUCACGCUGUCGUGCUCGGUGGCCGAGGGAAUCCCCACUCCUGAGAUUCAGUGGGAAAAACUCAGUCCAGAGGAAAUUACACUUCCUGUCAACAUGGAUGGAGAUAUGUCAGGCUCUGUCCAAAUCGCCAAUGCGUCAUCUCAGACAUCUGGGCUGUAUCGCUGCUCUGCCACAAACCUCCUGGGAACAGAGAAUUGCUAUGUCAACCUGUCUAUCUACAGCACUCCAGACAGUUCCUCCGGCAUGCUGCAGGGUGUGCUGCUCACCUUGUCCAUGAGCCUGCUGCUGCUGGCGCUGCUGGUGCUCGUGUUAUGGCUCCAUCGCACAGGGCAGGACGGGAGGAGGUGGGGGGAGCCGAAAGAAGAGGAGGAGGAUGAGUGUUACAAUGAGAUACGGUACACUCCGUCUCUGAUGAAGCGUUCGUUUGUGUGA